AUGGACCGUGAGAGUAUGGAGAAGAUCAACACUUACUGCCAAAAGCACAAACUGACGCUGGUUUAUGCCAACACCAUGAUGACCGGCCCACCUCAUGAUCCUGAGUUCACAGUUGCGGUUAAAAUAGACAAUGUAGAAUAUGGUAAAGGCACUGGUAAAAAUAAGAAGGAAGCAAAAGCAGCAGCAGCAAAAACAACUUGGGAAAUGAUUGAGAAACAGAUGAGAAGUGAAAAAUCGAACAGCAACUCUACAUUUAGUGAACAUAGUAAUUCCUCUCAAGUGCCAGCACAGUCUGACUUGGACAAUAGUUGCUCUGAUGACUCAGCUGCAAAGUUGGUAGAAAAAAUGAAAGACGUGGCAGUAUGUGAAAAGCCUUCACCUCAUCAGAGAAACGCAAGAAGUUCUGCCAAAAGCAAAAUAGCAGCUAAUUUUCAUUACGCAAGAAAAAAGGAAGAAAAAAACCAGAUGUCAGAUUUUGAUGAAAAUUUGCCAGAUUUGGACACAAAUACCAGUGAGGAGAAUGAAAGUCCAUACACUGUGAAUAAAAGAUUUCUUGAGAGUUUUAACAAUAUAGAGCCUAUUGGUGAAGGUGGUUUUGGGAAUGUUUUCAAAGCAACAGGAAAGCUUGAUGAGAGAACUUAUGCAGUCAAACGAGUUCAUAUCACAAAGAAUGUAAAGCGUGAAGUAACGGGACUUGCAGGACUUAACCACGAAAACAUAGUGCGGUAUUAUAGUAGCUGGAAAGGGAACGACUAUGUAACUUACCCAGACUCAAGGCAGAAGUCAGAAAAAGAAGUUCCCUGUCUUUUUAUCCAAAUGGAAUUAUGUGAACAAGGGACAUUGGAAAACUGGAUUGAAAAGAAUAGACGAAACCGAAAGUAUCAUGAGAUGGCACAAAACAAAUUUUUACAAAUACUGGAAGCAGUGGAAUAUAUUCAUUCUAAAGAGUUAAUUCAUCGAGACCUCAAGCCUCAGAAUAUAUUCAUAUCACAUGAAGAUAAAAUAAAAAUAGGUGACUUCGGUCUUGUGACUUCUGUGAUGAAUGAGACUCUGACUGAGAACAGAGGAACAAAAACAUAUAUGGCACCAGAACAGUGUGGGGACAGCUAUGGAAUGGAAGUAGAUAUUUAUGCACUGGGAUUAAUUUGGUUUGAAAUUCUUUCGGCAUUCAGCUCUCAGCAUGAGAGAAGUAAGGUAUGGCAUACUGUUAGGGACGGUAAACUUCCAGAGGGCUUCACCAACAAAUUUCCAACAAAGGCACCCAUAAUCAAAAAGAUGCUUUCAAGAGACCCUUCAGGAAGAUACUCUGCAUCUGAAAUACUUAACUUUCUUAAAUCUGUUGAUGAAGACAACUCAUUUAAAAUUCAUACUCGGUAA